AUGUCCUUCGAUUUACUGCUGUUGGUCAGAGAAAACAUUCGGACCCUUGAACCUUACCGAUGUGCUAGAGACGAUUUCAAAGAGGGUAUUCUUUUAGAUGCAAAUGAAAACACCCAUGGCCCAGCAUUGACCUCUCUAACCUCAUGGGAGGAACAAUUGGAGUUGAACAGGUAUCCAGACCCGCAUCAAAUCGAGUUGAAGAAACAAACGGUUGAUUUUAGAAAUAGAACUCCCAACAAGUAUUUGGACAACUAUGAGGAAAAUAAGUUAACGCCAGAAAACUUAUGCCUUGGUGUCGGAUCUGAUGAAAGCAUUGACUUGUUGAUGAGGUGCAUUUGUACACCUCAUCAAGAUAAGUUAUUGAUCUGCCCUCCCACCUAUGGCAUGUACAAUAUAUGUGCUACAGUGAACGCAAUUGAGAUUGUCAAAGUGCCAUUGACCGUGCCCGAAUUUCAGGUCGAUGCUCCUGCUGUUUUGGAUGCCGUUAAAAAGGACCCUUCCAUCAAAUUAAUUUACUUAACUUCUCCAGGAAAUCCCACGGCAAAGUUGUUGGAUGUAGACAUUUUGAUUGACAUAUUGAAAUCUGCAGCGGACAGUUGGAAUGGAUUGAUCGUUGUCGAUGAAGCUUACAUUGACUUCACGUGGGACCCAGAAUCGCCCAAUUCCAAGUCUAUGUCUACUUUGGUGAACCAGUUCCCCAAUCUCGUGGUGAUGCAAACCUUCUCCAAGUCUUUUGGUCUUGCAGGUAUUCGUUUGGGUAUUACUUUUGCUAGCCGAGAGUUAUCGCGCUAUCUCAAUGCAAUGAAAUAUCCAUACAAUAUAUCAUCCCUAACUUCCGCGAUUGCAACAAGAUCAAUUUCGCCAGAGAAUGGUUUACGCGUUAUGGAAACCUAUGUGGGGAAUAUUAUCAAACAAAGAAACGAAGUAUUGAAACAAUUGCAAGAAAUCCCUGGAGUCGGUAAGAAUAUUGGGGGCACUGACGCUAAUUUCCUUCUUCUUCAAAUAUUAGACAAGGACGGUAAUCCAUCCAAUGACAUUGCCUUAAAACUUUACCAUAUGUUGGCUGUCGAAAACAAGGUGGUUGUUAGAUUCAGAGGAAAAGAACUAAACUGUACCGGAGCUUUGAGAGUUUCUAUAGGUACUGAGGAAGAAAACCAGGUUUUGGUGAAAAAGUUUGCCCAGUGUCUAGCUUCCAUCCGUUAA